AUGCCUCGUCGGAAACUCUCGGAUGCUGAACGCUGGCAGGCCAUUGGAAUGGUAAGAACUGGAAUGACGUAUAGAAGGGUUGGCGAACACUUUAAUGUCAGUCACACUGUAAUUUUUCGUCUGGUACAGCGCUGGAGAAGAACUGGGGGUGUGGAGGAAGCUAAAAGAUCUGGAAGACCCCGAAAGACUACAGAGAGGGAAGAUAGACUUCUAAAACGACUAGCUAAACAGAGUCCUUUUGACACUGCAAACACACUGAGAAGCAAAUGGAACACCCAAGCUCGAAUCAGCAGAAGCACAGUUAACAGGAGGCUAAACAAGGAACGGAUGCGAUCACGUCGGCCAAUAAAACGUCCACUCUUAUCCCAGAGACACAAAGAAGCAAGAUUACUAUGGGCAUGA